GGCAACCACGCAACCGAACCACCAAAAUCCCAUCCCACAUUCCCACCCCACGGGGGCAGCGAGCGAGGCAUGCUCCUGCUGCGGCGCCUGGGCCUGGCCGGGGCCCGCCGGCGGCGGGGACCCGCGGCACGAGGCCUCGCCUCGGGGGCCCCGCGGGAGGCGGCGGACGCCGUGGUGGUGGGCGCGGGCGUCGUCGGCCUCGCGCUGGCGCGCGCGCUGGCGAUGGCCGGGCGCGAGGUGGUCGUGGUCGAGGCGGCGCCCAGCUUCGGCACCGGCACCAGCUCCCGCAACAGCGAGGUCAUCCACGCCGGCAUCUACUACCCGCCGCGCAGCCUCAAGGCUAACCUUUGUGUAAGGGGAAAGGAAAUGCUCUACAAAUACUGUGCAGAACGAGGGGUUGCCCACAAACAACUGGGUAAACUCAUUGUAGCGACUGGUGCUGCAGAGACCGGAAAGCUGGACAUGCUCCUCAUGAAUGCUAAGCAAAAUGGGGUCAAUGAUCUCCAGUUGAUGGAGGGUUCUCAAGCUAUGGAGAUGGAACCUGAGCUUCGAUGUCUUAAAGCUUUACUAUCACCUAGUACUGGGAUAGUUGACUCUCAUUCAUUCAUGCUCUCCCUUUUGGGUGAUGCUGAAAACUUGGGAACAACCAUAUCCUAUAACACAGCAGUUAUUGGUGGGCAUGUCGGAUAUGAAGGCCUUGAACUCCAUAUUUGUGAAAGCAAAGAACUGCAAAACCAUCCUGGAGGGUCUUAUGUGACCCCACAGCUUGUUUUGCUUCCAAAGCUUCUGAUAAACUCAGCGGGUUUGAGUGCAAUUCCGCUUGCCAAACGAUUUCAUGGUCUGGACCAAGCAUUUGUGCCCAAUCCUCACUAUGCUCGUGGAUGUUACUUCACCCUCUCUCAAUCAAAGAGUCCUUUCAGCCACUUGAUAUAUCCUCUACCAGAGGACGGUGGUAUAGGGGUCCAUGUCACAAUAGAUUUGAAUGGCCUUGUUAGAUUUGGCCCAGAUGUUGAAUGGCUAGAUGGUGUAGAGGACCUUGUGUCAUGUUUUCUGAAUAGGUUCGAUUACUCAGUGAACCCCACCCGAGGUUCUGUAUUUUACCCCAUGGUAAGGAAGUAUUUUCCAAAUCUCAAGGAUGGGUCUUUGGAACCUGGUUACUCUGGGAUCCGACCAAAACUUUCUGGUCCUGGACAACCUCCUUCAGAUUUUUUCAUUCAGGGGCAGGAUAUCCAUGGUAUUCCUGGACUGGUUAACUUGUUUGGAAUAGAAUCCCCCGGUUUGACAUCAAGUUUGGCGAUUGCAGAACACAUUGUUUCAAGAUAUUUGUGAUGAUUGUUUCAAGAUAUUUGUGAUGGGAGUCUCCUAAACAACACUUCAUUGCCGGAUGCUCCAUGUAUUGCAGAAGGAUGAACCUGGCAUGUCAGGAGUAGGGUUCACCAAAUAAAGUGAUGUAGUAUUUUGAGCUGUUUUCUUUGGACUUUUCUUGUUGAUAUGUAAAUGUUAGAAGUUGAAAGUCGUCGAAAGUUUCAAGGAAAAAUGAAUAUGAUCAGGAUUGUAGUAUAUGGAACCUGGACGAGGGGGAUCACAUAUUUUCUUUUGGGGCACUAUCAGAUUAGCUUGCAUGUGGUUCUAGAAUAACUGGAUUUCUGUGGCUUAGGCAGAUCUAGAAUAAUUCUCUUUGGGUUGUGUAAACUCUGUAAAAUCCUAAUGUUCUUUGAUAUACUUGAGAAAUACGCGCUUGCCUGAUA